AUGCAUCCCGGUCGGGUCUUUCGAGGUGGAGCGGCGGCGCAGGAGCGAGGAGCUGGUCCUGCGCCUGCGAGCGGAGUGGGACAAUCGGCGGCUGUCCCUGAUGGAGGCGACGGAGAACAUGGCGAGGGCCCGCGUCAAAGUGAUUGCCCAAAUGCGAAGGAGGAACGCGAAGGAGGCCAGGCAGCGGCGCAUCGACGGACGCCAGAGGGCCAUGGUCAGGGCGAGGGCGAAAACGGCACGGCAGCGGCGGAUCCGGAAGAUAGUGGAGACUGCGAAGAGAAGGGCCGCCGCCGGAAGGGUGCAACAGGCCAGAAAAUGGAAGAGGAAGAUACCGCCGACGCCACGCCCCAGACCGGAGAGGCCGGAGGAGAAGCCGUGCAGGGCGACCUCGAGCUGGAGGAGGGUCCGGGCGUCGACGCCGUGGCCCGCGGUGCCCCCGACACCGUGUCCACGGGAGAAAAAGGAGGAGCAGCCGUUGGAGAAGGGGCCGUGGGUGUGGCCGGAGCCGCGGAGGCCUGCGCUGGGCCGGCAGACAUCUUGCCCAGAGAAGCGGCCGGCAAGGCCGGUGCUGGAGCGGCAGGCAUCGGUCGGAGGCGGGCGAGAUGUGCCGGAAGACAAUUGGCCGCCGGAGCUUGCCGCAAGGGUGAAGGCGGAGAUGACCAAGCGGCGAGGCAAACCCGGAAGAUGGUGCAUCUUGGUACAGGUUGGAGCCACGUGCUUCCGGGUGCGAGGAGGCGGUAG